UUUUUACAUCCAUCCUAUUUCGCUUUUUUUUUUCUUUUUCUUUUUUUCUUCGUUCUUUUUCUUUUCCUGCUGGUGCUCCUUUUCCCUUUUUUCCUUCUUCUUUUUCUCGCAAAAGUAUCCGUCCCCAAAAGCAAGAAGAGGUUCAUCGACUGCACCAUUUCAUCGUUCCUUUUCCCACCAACAAAACCUUUAGACACUGACAAAAAAAAGGACAGCCCUUUCCAAUCUUUUGCUUUUCCUUCCCAUAACACCCAUGCGUUCUGCCGUUUUUUGUCUCGCAGUGCUCGCUCAGCUCGCCCUUUCGGCGACCGCUGAACCUGAGCCUAUCAAAAUCCCCUUGUAUCGUCGAACUGACAGUGGUAUCGCCAAAGCCGGCGGUAAAAUGCUCGAUAAUGGUGUGCUUGCUGGUACUGUUCAGAUCGGUAAUCCUCCUCAGAAUUUCACCAUGGCUUUUGACACCACAACCGGCUAUUCUUGGGUCCGCGGCGCUAGAUGCAAAACUGAAAACUGCCUUGAUCGUUGCACUUACUAUGCCAGAUGGUCCGACAGUGUCGAAUCCACUGGUCGCAAAUUCUCUGUUGAAUAUGGUGAUUCGUGUGUUGAUACCCAUAUCUACCUUGAUACAUUCCGCUUUGCCGGUUUGACCGUCAAGAACAUGCCUUUUGGUGGCGCUUACCGCAUGAGUGGCUUUGAUCACGGUUUCGACGGUUAUCUCGGUCUCGGUCGAAGCGUCGACUUUAAUAUGACCAAGAUCCAUACCUCCUCCUCUGGUGGUUUGGCCAAGCGCGAUUUCUCAUUCCCUGAUUCCGGUUUGGUCCAGAACGCUUACGAACAAGGUUCGGGUGUUCAGAGUGCUCAGUUUGGUAUGUACACAACCGACAGCAGCAACUUUGUGGAAUCCGGUGAUGUUACCCAGGACGGUACCAACGGUACUCAAGAUCCCAACGCCAACCAACCUGCCAAUCCUAAUCAGACCGUUGAUCCCAACAACCCCGCCCCGCCUGCUGGUCAGAACCCUCAACAACCUAACCAAGACCCUAACAACCCUCAACAACCUAAUCAGCAACCCAAUCAAAACCAGCAACCGAACCAACCUACCGAUCAAAACGGUGGCAACAAUCCUCCUGUCGAUAACUCCAUCGCUCCCGGCGGUUUCGGUUUCACCAAGCGUCACAAUGUCGAAGACGAACCUGCAGGCUACCUUGUUAUUGGUGGCAUCGACAAGAGUGCUAUUCAGGGCGAUGUGUCCUACAUCAAGUUAGCCGACAAUGUUGACGGCGGCGCAAAGAAUUGGGAUGUCUGUAUCAAGCAUGCCAAGAUUGGUCACGAUUUACGCUUGGAACAAAAGAAGAACGCUAUUGCUUCCAUCAGUACCUCCAGCACCUAUAUCGCUAUGCCUGCUGAUCAAGCAGAUAAGUUCCACGAAAAGUUCGGUGGCAAGUACUACCGAUCCACCAAGACUUACAGUGUCAAGUGCUCCGAAAUCAAGAAUUUGCCACCUUUGAAGCUUACCCUUGAAGACCACAUCGUUGAAUUGCCUGCCAAGUACUGGACCCGUGAAAUUGACGCUGACCGUGAUUGCUGUGCUACUCGCAUCAGCCGUGGCAGCUCUGACCGCGACUGGGUUCUCGGUACCAGCUUCACCAAUGCUUUCUAUACUACCUUUGAUCCCGAAAAUGAAACCAUUGGUUUGGCCCUCAAGAAGGGCCAGAAGAACGAUGGUCUCAAGAUCUACAAGAAGAACUAAAUAUACAUUAUCCUUUUCUCUUUUUCCCUUUUUUCUUUUGGUAUCUAAGAAACAGAAGAAAGAAAACGUCUCCCAAAAAAAAAAACCAAGAGAAAUACAUUGGAAUAUUUAUCGACAUUUUAUCUUUUUUUUUUUCUCUCUCAUUUCAUAUUCAGUUUAUACUCUCAUGUGCUUCUUAUUGUCCCUUGUUUUUCAUUUGUGUUUUUACCAAUUAAAUAUUUUGUGUCAUUGAUCUCCAAACAUCCACAGUUGG